UACAAUUAUUAAUAUUGCCUCACUAUCAAAACAGACAGUGGCAGUUAUAAAUACAACCCGACCCCACACGACCCCUGGACGUCACUUAUUCUUGAGCUUUCCCUCUCUAUCUUUAAUGCUUUAAUUGCGUAUUGAAGGCAACAAAAUGGAUGCCUCGUCUUCCUCUUUCCUCUCUGCAAUUCAAAGCUCCUCACAGGUACCGUGGCAAUGGCCAUUCCUAAAUCUGCUGUCACAACUACAACAUCAUUUCUAUCACGUCAUCCUCCUCCCCUCAUUGUAUCAUCAGUUAGGAUUCAAGAAAAAACCCGCAACUCGAUCACAAGACCUACCACCAGCAGAGCUUCACGCCCUGCAUCAUCAACGACAGCCUUGCCUCCUGCAACAAAAUCAUCAACAACAAGGAAAUCUCCUGCAAAUGAUAGACGAGUUGUAGAGCCAUUCCAGCCCACUAUGAUGUUCAAUGUACUGGAAGACGUCAUCAACAACUUCAUAGACCCUCCGCUUCGGCCAUCAGUUGAUCCUAGAUAUGUACUCAGUGAUAACUUUGCUCCAGUUGAUGAACUACCUCCAACUGAGUGCGAGGUAAUCCAAGGAUCUCUACCAUCAUGCCUUGAUGGUGCAUACAUCCGCAAUGGCCCUAAUCCUCAGUACCUCCCUCGAGGACCUUACCACUUAUUUGAUGGUGAUGGCAUGCUUCACUCCAUCAGGAUCUCCCAGGGGAAAGCCACUCUUUGCAGUCGCUACGUCAAGACUUACAAAUAUACCUUGGAGCGUGAUGCUGGAGCUCCGCUUCUUCCAAAUGUGUUCUCUGGAUUCAAUGGACUCGCUGCCUCCGCAGCUCGCGGCGCUCUGUCUGCUGUUCGAAUUCUAGCUGGCCAAUUCAAUCCAGCUAACGGUAUUGGUCUAGCAAACACUAGCUUGGCUUAUUUUGGCAACCGACUGUACGCACUUGGCGAGUCGGAUCUACCCUACGCUGUGCGUUUGACAUCAAAUGGAGACAUAGAGACGCUGGGUCGUCAUGAUUUUGAUGGGAAGCUGCUGAUGAGCAUGACUGCUCACCCCAAGAUAGACUUGGAGACAGGGGAGGCCUUUGCUUUCAGAUAUGGCCCCGUCCCUCCAUUUCUAACAUACUUUCACUUCGAUGGAAAUGGAAAGAAACAACCAGAUGUGCCCAUAUUUUCCAUGACGAGACCUUCUUUCCUCCAUGACUUUGGAAUUAGCAGAAAAUACGCUAUAUUUGCCGACAUACAGAUUGGGAUGAACCCC